AUGGCCUCCUCCAGUGCCGUAGAAGAUGAGCAUCUGACUGACUCGGAUUUAACAGAUGAUGAAGAACGCAGUGUGGAACCACGCCAGGAGGAAAUCCGACCUGAAACUCCAAAGCCUUCAUACAGCGAUGAGGAACUUCAUCAACUGGUGGGCUAUAUCCAGCGGAUGAGCGUGUUAAGUUGUCUGGAUCACAGAGAUUGGCUGGAGGCCACACUGGACAUUAUAAGAACUUGGCUACUGGAGGUCAAUGAGCCCUUGCUGACCAUUUACUAUGACCGGGACGUCUUGUCCGCCAAUUUAGGUAUGCCCACAGUAUGCGUCUCGGAUUUGAGCUAUUUUCGACGGGAGCCGAAUGAAAUAUUUAGCGUGGACGGCUUCCAUGAUGAGAUCACCUUUGGCACCCUCACCAGCGACGUCGAUGGGUGUCUCAAGGAGCUGCUGGAACGUUUGUAUGUUCCCUUUUUUCGCACCUAUUGCGAUUGGAACGCUACUGUGCGAACCCGCUUCUGUUCCAGCUUGGACAGAUUUCUGGCCUUUCUCACCGGAAUGCAUCAUCAGAUAGCUGGCAUGGCUGUCCUCUAUGUACCGUAUGUGAUCAGCGAACUGGAUACCGGACCAGUGGAUCGUCAGUUGGUGAGAAAUCUAGAGGUAACUGCCCUGUACUGGACCACUCAGAUUCGUACCUUGCUUUCGGAUUGCACCUUGACGGUGCCACACGACUUGGCCACCGUUCAGGAUGAGUUUGAUUUCUGGGAGUAUCGCUACGAGGUACUUCAGGGCAUCAACGACCAGUUGGCACAGUUAGAUGUUCAAAAGAUUCUAAAGGUUCUACAGAAUGCCCAAUCGGUUCACAUGCCCCAAAUGGAGGAGCUCAUUGAAAGGGCCAAGCGGGAGCUGGUCCAGUCACUUUCCAACAUAAAGUUUCUCCGGCUUCUGAUCGAACCCUGCUCCAAAAUCGAUGUAGCUCCAAGUCCAGCUGAUCUAACCAAGCUUUUGCCCCGAAUCAUCCACAUUAUCCGCUUCAUUUGGCUAAAUUCUGAGUUCUAUAACGCGCCUGGUCUGGUGGUGGGAUUGUUCCGGAACUUGAGUAACCAAAUCAUAAGGUUCUGCACAGAUCAAGUCAAAGUGGAUGAGAUCCUAACCGGUAAGCCACGUUUCGGCAUCAAGAUGUGUAAUAUGGCCAUAGACUGUUGCCUGGUUUACAAGGGCAUAUACGAGGAGAUAUCCAAGGGCCAGGAAAAGAAGUGGGACCUCAAUGAGGGCCUCAUCUUCAACCAUAUCGAGGCUUUUGUGGAACGUCUAAACGAUGUUAUUGAUAUUUGUGAGUCUAUGAUUGUGUUUGGUCGCUUGGAUGAGAAUGAGGCCAUACCCAAGUCCUCUUUUGGCGGUUCUUGUGGGCAUGAUCUGGAGAAGAUUGCCGGAAAUGUAGAGCAGCAGUUCAUGGACACACUGAAAAAGCUUCAGGAUACUUCUCAGCCCUAUAUAUUGAAUGUACAUCGAUCGGAGUGGUAUGAUCAAGUCAUUGAUUUCCGGAAAAGUAUGAAAAAGUUGGAGGAAACUGUUCAGCGUUUGAUUUCCAAUGUUUUUCAAAAUGUGUGCAACGUGGAAGAGUCCCUGGAGGCACUACAGGCUUUGUUUUUCUUCUCGUAUCGCCAACGAGGCACUUUAAGAAAAACCUACUUGAAGGAAGUAAGCAAGCUGUGGAGAUCUUUCUCAAAGGAAAUGGAUGCCACGGCAAGAAAACUCAUUGAGGAAGGAAAGGAAGAAUCCUGGCUCGCCAAAUACGUAUCUAAAGCCCUAAAUUAUCGCAUUAACUUGGAGCGCUUGACCUGGCUCCGAGAUCGCCUAACCAAUGCCGAGUGGCUGCCUCCUGUUAAGGAGUCCUCUCCAGCUUUGGCCAAGUUUGAUGCAUUGCAACAUGAGUUUCAAAAGGAAAUCCGGCAGACCUACGAAGAUUGGGUUGCCAAAUGCUGUGGCUAUACGGGAGAUCUUAGCCAGCGCUUGGAUCGAUAUUUGAUUGUACGAUCGAAGAAGUUUCGCGGGCUUCUGGAGUCCAAUGUUGAUGAAUCUGUUAUAGAGUUGUGCGACCAAGCUCUGCACUUUGAAAGAAUGGGCUUUGCCAUACCCAACACCCUGAAAAAGGUGUAUGAGAGACAUGAUAUCCUUAGAUUUCUUUUCAGUUCAGUUAUACAACUGUGUCUUCGUUAUAAUCGCAUCCUGUCCGUGUUAACUGAGAGGGAAAGAAAGUUGUUUCGUCCCUUGGUUCAGGCCUGUGAUCGUCAGAUGGCUCCAGGACUCUUUAAGAUCACCUAUGGUUCUGAGUUAAACGAGGAAUAUUUCGAAGACGCCAAUGAAUUCUUGGUAGAGUUCCUGGAUAUAGUGAAUAUCUACAAGAGGGCCAAUAGGGGAGUGGCCAGGAGCUGUGAAAAGAUUUGCGAUACUUGUCUUUUACAUUUCUCAUCGUUUUCUGGGGUAGUGGAUAUUUCAGUGUUCCAACUCCAAGUUUCCCAGAAACUUAAAUCAUCGGGAGAUAUUCUGAGGAGUUACUACAGCAAAGUUGUGGAGCUUUUGUCGGCUUUCAGUCGUCAGUUUCAAUCGGUGGAUGAUGAGAUGUCUACCAGUUGGAUAGCCUAUGUCAAUGACAUGGACGACAUGCUGGCCAGUUCUUUGAUGACCAGUGCUCGUGGAUCUCUAAUCAAGUUAUUUGAGGCUCUGCACUGCGAUGAGGAUAUGGCAGCAGCUCCUAUUAUAGUCAUCGAGUCCGAUAUAAAGGAUGGCAACAUUGUAUUAAGUCCCGAUAUGGAUACUAUUGCGAAUCUAAUAAACGGAAUCAUCGACAAUAUACGCACCAUGUUGGAUCAGUUUCCACGAUUGGGUUAUAAACUAAAGCUUCCCAAGGAACAACAGCGUCCAGGCUUUGCCGAGGUGUUUCGCGAGGAUCAGGAUUGCUCGGAGUUAAUGAGAAGCAUUCAAGCGGAGAUAUCCAGACAGCGCCAGGAACUGGAAAAGUAUGAGGAGCACUGGAAUCGGCAUCGUAUAUUGUGGGAUACCACUGAGGAGGGAUUCCGGAAAAAGAUAAAGGCUAGUUCCCGGACAGCUGGUGUUUUCGAAGGCGGUAUUGAACAUUACAGUGCUCUGGCAGAUGAUGUGUCCUUCGAGGAUGCCAUCACGACUGUGUACUUCAUAUUGGUCAACCAGAAUGCUCUCAAGAGCACUAUAUUGGAUUGGAUCGAGAAAUGGCAGGCUCUAAAUAUAAGAAUUCUUCUGGAUCAUGCCAGCAAUUGCAUGGGAUCUUUGUACCGAUAUAUGCGACGCAAUGAACGUAAUGUGAUGAAAGUACCCAGAACACUUCGUGAAACUAUGGCGGCCAAGCAAUUAUUUGAGCAACUUUUGAAGGAAGUUCCUGUGAAACAGUCUGUCUUCACCCCGAUGCUGGAACUCUUUGUCCUUCUACACAAAUAUAAUGUUAAGCUGACCGAUAAAACCCAUCAACAGGUGUUGGGAUUGGAGUCGUCUUGGUUGCACUACCUUCAGACCCUCAACGAUGCGAAUGAAAUGCUGGACAACGAGGGCUCUGAAACCAAGUUGGAGCUUCAGGGCCAUGCCGAUAAAUUCAAAUUUAUUUUGAGGGAAUUCCUUGAGGACUUUUACUCCAAGUUGCCCAAGAAAUAGGUUC